CCAUCGCCAGCCCUGCCUUCGCUUGCCCCCACAUCCAGCACCUCAUCCUUGUCUCUGUCCUGCAACUGAUAUCCCAUCCUGACCAAUGUCCUCAUCUCCAAAGAAGGGCGACGAGCUCCUCACAAAGGUUCUCCAGAAGCAAGCCUCUGCCUCAGCCGGCCCUGGCCCCCGGUUCCUGGGCGACCGUAUCGCACAUGAUGGCAACGACUCGGUCUCCGACAUCGUCUCGACGGACGACGAGGCCUCCAACGGCCCCGUCCGCUCGCCAGUGGCCCGCUCGGCUCCCCAGCACCUCUUUCCUCCCGUCUCCGCUGCCGCGACCAGCGCCACCCCGACACAGACACCCUCGGGCUCGACUCGCAGACGAGGCCGCAAAAACUCGUUCCGGGCUCGCCCUUCGCAGCUCGACUACAGCAACCUUGAGCGGGAGGACAAUCCGAUGCGUGGCUUCUUUGUGCUCUUUUGGAUCUUUAUGGUCUUCUAUGUCCUCAUCACCAUCUACACCAACUGGUCAAAAGGAGCGGCCCCCAUCCGCCUCGAUCUUAUCCACCUUGUGUCCCGAGACGGCAUCAGCCUGGCUCUUGCCGACCUGGCCCUGAUCUGCUCGUGUGCUAUGGUCGUGGUCAUCAUGAAGCUGGUUGUCUGGGGGAUCAUCCCCCGGUUCCUGGCCCUGACGGUCCAACACAGCUGGCAGACCCUCUGGUACUUUUCGUGUAUCGGCUAUGUUUUCUACAAGGACUGGCCCUGGGUCCAGUCCGGCUUUUUUGUGCUCCACGCCACUGCAAUGCUCAUGAAGCAGCACUCGUACAUCUCCACCAACCUCGAGCUCUUUGACAAAUCCCGACACGUCAAGAAGCUCCAGAACGAGCGCGACAUCCUCGUUGGAAUCCAGAAGCGCAGUGGUGACCACGACGAAACCGGCGACGAAAAGCCUGCAGCCACGGCCCCCAACGCAACCCCUGAUGCCAUCAAGGCCCGGCUGGACGAGAUCCAUUUCGAGAUCUACGGCCUCUAUACUGAACUCCACAAGCCCGCCCACGAUUUCCCCAAGAACAUCAACCUGAUGAACUUUAUCGACUACAUGGCUAUUCCCACACUUGUCUACGAGCUUGAGUACCCUCGUACCUCCGAGAUCCGCUUCAUCUAUGUCUUUGAAAAGAUUUGCGCUACCCUCGGUACCUUUGGCCUCAUUCUGUUCAUCGUCGACCACUACAUCUACCCUGUUCUUUACACCAUGAAGACCCUCUCUUAUCUCGAUACCUUUGCUGGGCUGCUGAUGCCGUUUAUGGUGUGCUACAUCCUGGUGUUCUUCAUCAUCUUUGAGUGUAUUUGCAAUGGCUUUGCCGAGUUGACGCGCUUUGCCGAUCGUCGGUUCUAUGAUGAUUGGUGGAACUCGGCCAGUUUCGAUGAGUUUGCAAGACGCUGGAAUCGCCCUGUCCACGAAUUCCUCCUGCGUCAUGUCUACUUUGAGAGCAUCCAGUCCUUCAAGAUCAGCAAGACCAACGCCACCUACCUCGUGUUCUUUUUGAGCUCGUGCAUCCACGAGCUGGUGUUUGCUGUCGUCGGCCGUCGGCUGCGGCUAUAUCUCUUCCUGAUGCAAAUGUUCCAGCUGCCACUUAUCUGGCUUGGUCGCCAGCCGAUCAUCAAGCAGAACCGCACACUCGGCAACAUCAUUUUUUGGAUCGGAAUGUUCCUGGGUCCUCCUCUGCUCGCCGUCCUUUAUGCCCGUGAGCAUUUCCUCAACUAGAAGAUGCGCAAGACGCGGCGGAGCUCUGCACCGACCAUUCCUUCUGGACAGCGCGCCGUCCAUCCUUUCCUCGCAGUCAUAGAUUUCUUUGGUUUCCUUUCCUUUCUCUUCUACAGCACCCACAGAUAUCGAAGCGGGACGCCCUGUGUCUGAGGCCCAAGGCCACUGUGUUCGGGAUUCAAUACAGACAUGUUCCUGAU